GGCGGUGAUACUCCUAAGGAGUGAACGGCCAUUGAACAAAAAGACGAAGAAGAAGAAGAAGAAAACGCGCCAAAGCACAUCGCGUGGCUGAUUAAACAAAAUACAAGAGGAUGGCAUCAACAAGUAAAGUACAACCUCAGACGAGAAAUUUACCAUGGGUUGAAAAGUACAGGCCACAGACAUUAGAUGACCUCAUCUCUCAUCAAGACAUCCUGAGCACAAUUCAGAAGUUCAUCAGUGAAGACCGACUGCCUCAUCUGCUCUUCUAUGGACCUCCAGGAACAGGAAAGACCUCUACUAUACUAGCAUGUGCUAAACAGCUGUACAAAGAUAAAGAGUUCAACUCCAUGGUCCUGGAGCUCAAUGCGUCAGAUGACCGUGGAAUAGAUGUGGUGCGGGGGCCGAUCCUCAGCUUUGCCAGCACACGAACCAUCUUCAAGAAAGGCUUUAAGUUGGUGAUCCUGGACGAGGCGGAUGCUAUGACCCAAAGGUGGGACGCACAGAAAUGCUUUGAGGAGAGGCGUUACUCUCAUCCUCACGUCCUCCUCAGGCUGUUGAGCUUCAUCGCGAACCUCCUCUCCUCCUGUCGUUCUAUUUCCAAAGCACGAGCCUCGUCUUCUGUAAACUCUGGUUCAAAGAGGUAUGGUUCUCUGGUUCUUGAUCGUCUGGAGAAGUCACCCUCUUUCGUCUAUCUCAAAAUCAGCCAUGUUCAUCGCCAUUCGUGUACUGUAAAGGAAAGGAAGCCAGCAAGCUAUUAUUCACUACCGGGACACAACUUUGAGCAAAUAAAACCAAACAUUGAUAGCAUUGACAUCACUCCAGAUGGCAUGAAGGCCAUUGUGACCCUCUCAACAGGAGACAUGAGGCGAUCAUUAAACAUUUUACAGAGCACCCAUAUGGCCUAUGGGAAGGUGACGGAGGAGAUGGUGUACACAUGUACUGGACAUCCUCUUAGAUCAGACAUCGCCAACAUACUGGACUGGGCUCUCAAUAAAGACUUCACCACUGCAUAUAACCAAAUUCUGCAGCUCAAAACUCUAAAGGGUCUGGCACUUCAUGACAUUUUAACUGAAGUCCAUCUUCUCAUUCACCGUGUGGACUUCCCACCCUCCAUCCGCAUGGGCUUGCUUAUAAAACUUGCAGAUAUUGAGUAUCGUCUGGCCUCCGGAACCAAUGAGAAGAUCCAGCUGAGCUCAAUGGUUGCAGCUUUCCAGGCUGUUAGAGACAUCGUAGUCAGCGAUGGAUAGAUCAUUGGUUCACACUUUGAAAGGGUUAUGUAACAUAGAUCCAUGAUGUCAUGAGAGGAAGUUGUUUACUACUUCAUAUUGUUCUGACAAAAAAACUAUGCGUAGAACCCUGUAAUAUUUUUGAAUGGUUUAUUUUUUUAUGCUUUAAAUAAAGCUUGUCUCAGUA